CAUCACUGUUCUGCAUUACUCUGACUCAGUACCAUGACGAUCUGCAGCUAACUUCGACGCCUUUUCGACUCAGUAUGAACCCAGCUGUGUCUGUCUCUAUUUUUUGCUGACUCAAAUAUCAAGGCUCAUUUCCAUACCUUCGAUUGAAUGAUGUCUAUACUCCUCGAAAGUCUUGUAUUGGUUCUGUUCCGAGCUGCACUUUUCCUCUCUUGUCGCAGCUUCGUGCUGAAUAGACUAUAUUCCGACUUGCAGAACAUCUCCACGCCUUCAGAUGAACAUGACGAUGUAGAACUCGACGUUCUUCCUACACAUGCCAAAUCCAACAGCGGUCGCGCAACUGAUACAGGCUAUUCACAGUCUACUACAAUGCACUCGAAGAUAUCGCGGACCGUAUUUGCUGGCUGUUUUUCGGAAAGCUGCAUCCUUUUCGUGUUGCUCAUGUGUCAGGGACUUGGCUUAUUCGAUCCAACGACUCGUCUUCUUCACUGGAAAUUCUCACUAUUCAUUUUGCUUUCAACCAUUCUCGUCCUUGGUCCGCUACUUCUCAGUAUUUUUAUAGCCACCGAUUCCCAUAAAACCAGUCGCAGACUUCCAUACAUUCGUAUCUUCAUUUCCCUCAUUCCAGUCACCCUGAGCCUAUUUGCAAUCUCGCGUAUACCCCUACCCCACGCCCUCCGCAAUGAUUCCAAAAUCGACCUUAUUACAUCCUCGUUAGCCCGGCUGCUUGUCGUAGGAACCAUCAUUUUGGGCCUACUCUCUGGCUUUGGAGCUGUCAGUAGUUCAUGGACAUUCUUUCCCUCAUGUAUCUCUUCCUCUUCUACCCACGGUAGUGGCGUACCCAGUGAACGAGACAUCGAACAGACUGAACGUGCACUAGAACGAGUCAAGGAUGAUUUAACGACGCGUAAACACCAGCUUGAAGCAAAGCGCAAUGCGACUUCCUCCUCGAAUGGUGGUGCGCCUACCAGUGCUGGUGCAUCAUGGUAUUCCAGAAUCGUCCCGAAUUUACGUGGCAAUGACGAUGAAGCUGAGGUGGCGGGGCUACAGAUGCUCUAUGAACAAAUGGAUCACAAUCUGAGUGACCUGAAGAGAAGGAAGCAAGACGAAUUGUUCCAGAGGACAAUAUGGGGCCGCAUGUACGGGGUCGUCAGGUUGUGUAUGGCGAUAUAUUGGAUAGCGAGGAUCAUAUGGACGAUCGUCAAGGUCCUCAUUUAUCAGAAUUUUUUCGCUUCAUCCUUAUCACCAUCCACAAAUUAUCCGGAUCUCAUAAGCAAACUUCUCGCGGACCUUCUCUCCUUUAUCCAUCGGCGCCAUUUCGGGGGUCACAAUCACGACCUCUUGUCGGGGUCUGACAAUGGUCAAACACCCGCCGACUUGGGGGAGACACAAGAAAAGAUCAAAGUCAUAGCACGACAGAUCAGUCUACUCUUCGUAGGCCUAGUCGUCAUUAUAUCCAUCCGAAUGGUAUUGCGCGGAGUAUCCAGAAUUCUCUCUCGAAUGACCAAGCUCAAACUUAGGCGCAACUUGGGCGCUAGUGUGAUGUUGGUGCUCUUGGCGCAACUAAUGGGUAUAUACCUCCUCUCGACUAUUGUUCAGCUGCGAGCUUCCUUUCCGCCUCCAGCGGUAUCAUCAUCUUCGAUUCCAGAAUUAGCGUUUGAGUCCGAUAUAGCCACAGAGCAAUCGACUAAUCUAUUCACCACCAUUCCUCCGUUCGAGGUAUUUGGCUCCCUCUUUGAUGGGGCAUUCCUUUUGGCUGCGACACUGAGCAUUCUAGUCAGAUGGAUGGGAAACAAGAUUGGUGCGGAGUGGGAUCCAUAAAAUAGCAAUUCGUUUAUUAUGUUUGUAUGAGUAUAGUAGCCAGAAUGAGCUGGUUGCAAGCAUUACUUUCUCAUGGGAUCCGAUGCGAUUCUUGACCUGAGCACAACAGUAUUGUGGGACCGGGAUCACCCAGGUUUACGCCAAACUGGCUUAUUCGACGACGUCUUCGAUACAAUCU